UCCGUGAGGCAGCGGGGGUGGGGAUCGGUUCGGGGGAGGCCUGGGGCCGCUCGCUGGUGCGCUGUCUCCGCCGCCCCCCCUUUCGCCGCCGCCGCCGCCGCCGCCCCGGGCAUGUCGUCCAACUGCACCAGCACCACGGCGGUGGCGGUGGCGCCGCUCAGCGCCAGCAAAACCAAGACCAAGAAGAAGCAUUUCGUGUGCCAGAAAGUGAAGCUAUUCCGGGCCAGCGAGCCGAUUCUCAGCGUCCUGAUGUGGGGGGUGAACCACACGAUCAAUGAGCUGAGCAACGUUCCUGUCCCUGUCAUGCUAAUGCCCGAUGACUUCAAAGCGUAUAGCAAGAUCAAGGUGGACAAUCAUCUCUUCAAUAAGGAAAACCUCCCCAGCCGCUUCAAGUUCAAGGAGUACUGCCCCAUGGUGUUCCGGAACCUCAGGGAGAGGUUUGGCAUAGAUGACCAGGAUUACCAGAACUCAGUGACACGCAGUGCCCCCAUCAACAGUGACAGCCAGGGCAGGUGUGGCACGCGCUUCCUCACCACCUAUGAUCGGCGGUUUGUCAUCAAGACUGUGUCAAGUGAGGAUGUGGCCGAGAUGCACAACAUCCUAAAGAAAUACCACCAGUUCAUAGUGGAGUGUCACGGCAAUACCCUCCUGCCACAGUUCCUGGGCAUGUACCGCCUGACGGUGGAUGGUGUGGAAACUUACAUGGUAGUCACCAGGAACGUAUUCAGUCAUCGGCUUACUGUGCACCGCAAAUACGACCUGAAGGGCUCCACCGUCGCCAGAGAAGCCAGUGACAAGGAAAAGGCUAAGGACUUGCCAACAUUCAAAGAUAAUGACUUCCUCAACGAAGGGCAGAAGCUGCACGUGGGAGAAGAGAGCAAGAAGAACUUCCUGGAAAAGCUAAAGCGGGACGUUGAGUUCCUGGCGCAGCUGAAGAUCAUGGACUACAGUCUGUUGGUGGGCAUCCACGACGUGGACCGCGCCGAGCAGGAGGAGAUGGAGGUGGAGGAGCGCGCGGAGGAGGAGGAAUGCGAGAACGACGGCGUGGGCGGAGGCCUGCUCUGCUCCUACGGCACGCCUCCCGACAGCCCCGGCAACCUGCUGAGCUUCCCUCGGUUCUUUGGCCCAGGAGAGUUCGACCCCUCCGUAGAUGUCUACGCCAUGAAAAGCCAUGAUAGUGCCCCUAAGAAGGAGGUCUAUUUCAUGGCGGUCAUAGACAUCCUUACACCGUAUGACGCCAAGAAGAAAGCCGCACAUGCCGCCAAGACAGUGAAACAUGGGGCAGGGGCUGAGAUCUCCACUGUGAACCCGGAGCAGUACUCGAAACGCUUCAAUGAGUUCAUGUCCAACAUCCUGACGUAACCCUCUCUACCUUCUGCCGCGUCCAGACUGCUGCUGGACUCAGGCAGGGGCUGGGGAGAGGGAAGGGGUGCAUUUGGAGGGUGGGUUGCAGAGUGGGGGCUCAGGAGGGCUUCAGGAAAGAGACACAAGGCCACUCUAGAAAGGAAGACGGGGGCGUGCCUUUUGCCCACCCCACGCGCUCACAGGAUACAGCCUGCUUCAGGAGCACCCUUGAUACACACGCCCCUUUUGACCCUGGCUAAAACAGGGUUUCCUCUUCGGUAUCUCUGUACCUUUUAUGAUGCCUGGGGGCUGGAGUUGACUUUGUGGGUUUCUUUGGGUUUGUUUCUUAAAUUCAUGGCUCCAGGACCGCUCUUAUGACGCUGUGUGUCACCACCCUAGGCGCCCUCCCUAGUCCUGUCAGGCUUUUGGUUCCCUUCAGUUAAGGCCAACACAAGGGACGGGGACAGCAGUUGCUCUGACACCAGGAGAGGUCAGACACCUCAGUCUGCCACGUUUUGAUCUCACCUAGAUGGACUUUUUAUUCCCUGGAGUAUUGUGCAUAAUUCCCUCCAUGUUUCCACCUCGGAUCCAAGUGAAACGUCACAUUGACUCCUCCAUCGAUCACGUCCUCACAGAAGGACGUUGCAGGUUGACCCUGACAUCUUGGACCUCAGAGUGGGAACAGGUUUGUCUUCAUGAGAUGGUGAGUGACCAGAAAGCAGCUGGGCCCUCAGACAGCGGUUCUCAAAGAACCCAGAUCACCACCGAAGCCACCUGCGCCUCUGAUUGGAAUUCUGAUGUCUGUCACGCCGGUCACCCUCUGGCUCAAGCGGAACUCCAGAGCAGUGUUGCAUUUACUGGGACCCCUGUGUUUCGAUGGCUGUUUCCCUUUGGGAAAAAUCCCAGAAACUAAUAUCUACCAACCGGGCCCGUGUGCAUCCUCAUAUCCUAACUACUGACCUCUGGGUGCAGUCACCUAUAACUGGCGUAUGGUCAGAGCAGGGCUCACUGCAGAGAUGCCACUCCAAGCCCCAGCCUACCGUGCAGGUGUCUGGCUCCUGUGCCUGUGACUUCUCACCUGGACAGCUUUAGCCAGCAAGGUGCUCCAACCUGAGGUUGCCUGAGUCACCUGAGGAGGUGUCCCAGGAAAGCCUAUUUGGAGGCCUGAUGUGGGGCUCUGCCCAUCCCCCAGCCUCAGGGCUGACUGAUUUUCCUUACUACUUUCACUCUUUCUGAACUUGGGAUCUGCCUACGGUCCUUCUUGGAAAGAGUGAUGGCAGCCUCCUUCAGGAUUCUGGCCCAGGGCCUCGGAAGGAAGCUACACAAGUCACUCUGAUGCCACCAGAGCAAACAGUUGCCAGGAAGAAAAAUGGCCUGUUGGCCUGCCCUUGGAGGAGGUAGAUGCCCUACCUCUUCCCAGCCCCCUCAGAAGGAAUCAGGAAUUUAGGAUGAGAUGGAAGUUUUGUAGAUAACCCCAAAGAUGUGAAGCUGGUUCGUGGAACUGUCAUGGGUGAAGAGAUGAUUUCCAACGCCUGCCUCCCAAACCGGCUGAGCUCAGCAUGGGGAGCUGGAGUCGCCGCUGUGGCUGUGGCUGUGACGACUCCUCCCUACCCAGUACUGAACUAAGACAGGAAGCAAGCUGUCAGACUUGGGCUUCUCUGGGACUGCCAGUUGGGUGAGGCAGGUGGGGGCCCACUCUUUCCCAAGAAGAGAACAGAUAAGGUUCUGGGGAGCAGAACUACAGGGUCUUGGGGAAGGACUCGGAACCACAUGGUUCGCGGAGAAAUGAUUUUAAUGUAGGAGAGGGUUAUGUAGGAAUAAUGUUGGGACUGGAUUUCCCACCUCACAAUCAAGAAUGAAAACUCUGGAUCUGCCCCCGGCUUGGAAGCUGCUGGCUGCUCCUGCUGUGUGUUUGCAAAGCCUAACAGUCCUUUCUAAGCAACCACCAGCGGUCUCUCUGGGCUAACGUGGGUUGUGUGGGGUUUCAUUUCGUUUUGUUGUAUAUUGUUUACAAUUUUGGGAGGUAGCUUUCUGUUUCAAGCUCUUUGUUUUCCUGACAGUAUUGUUGAAUGGGUCAAAUUAUUUGAGCUGUGGUUUGGUGGAUUUUAGGUUUUUUUUAAAGGUCAUUCUCUGCGCUGUCUUCAAACACCUGAGGUUUAACUCUGAUUCCUUUGGCAUUCAUGUUUAAAAGCUAUUUAUCUUCAUUUCAUACAAGAUUUCUUUCUCUUUGUGACAAAGAUGUGCUAUUUGGCUUCAAUCUCCAAAUGAUCACCCCCUCCUCCCCCAUUUAUCUGCUCUCUCUUUUCCCCGAGUCCCACAGGUCACUCUCUGGGCAGCAGGUGUCAAGGGGAAGACAAGACCCUUGACUCCUCAGGGCCAUGAAGAACAGCCAGCCUGUCUUACGGCAUCCAGCGUCGUGUUGGGUCUUCCAGAAAUAGACAUUUAAGAAUAGAGUCCCGGACAACUGGGUGGGGUCUGGAUGUGGGGGGAGGGGAUUCCGGUCCUGUUCCUCACCCCUCCCCUUACUGCGUAGCAGCCAGUUCCCAUCCCUCCUGUGGAAACUGUGGAGCUGAGAAAGUUCGUCUCACAUCCAGCUGACACCGAGCAAUGCCUCAGGUUGUGUUCCCAGUCUAAGGCCAUCCCUGUGGGGUGGGGGUGGGGGUGGGGGUGGGGGGAGCCUGCAGGGCAGCGUCAGGAGUGCAGUUCAGUUUCACUGCAGUGCUAAAUCUUUCCUUAUCUAGCUCAGGGGUUACUGGUCUGUGGCUGGCGCCAUGAGUGGCCCCAGGCUGUUCUCCGUGGCACUAUCGUUCCCCUCCAGGCAGCUCUUCCUCCCCUUUCCCUCCCUGAAUCACUUUUCUUGAUCCUGGGCUUUAGGCCUGACCAGGUCCCCUAGCAGUGCUCAGGGGAGGAGAAACUGGAUUCCUGUCAAGACUUCCCCUCUUCAUCACCCUGUGCCGGGCCUCCCUAGGGAGGUGGACCCAGGACUGUCUCAGUCCCGCACCCCCAACCCCACUGCCCCCAGUUGUCUUUAACAAUUCAGGUUGAGAGGGAAAAAAACCAUUAUCUGUUUCUAGUGCUUGACCUACUCAAGUAUUUCGGGCAGAAAGGACAGUGUACUGAGACAGCCCUCAGAGCACUGACCUUGUGGUUUCCCAAGUUUCGAGACCUCACCAGCAGUAAUGGCCGGUGGGGUAGGGGGUUUCAAAGGGAAACACAUUUAGACAGCUACCCAAAAUCUGCCAGCUGUGGUCCCAGUCCUCUGAAAUGUGAGACCUAGGAAGAGUGUCACCAAGGGGAAAUAAGACUCAAUUGUCCUUCAGGUUGAGUCACCAGGAAGGAGGCUGAGGAGACACCAGAAGAGCCCGUCCCUUGCCCACAGCCGUUUUUCCAGGUGGGAGCCUGUAUAUUUAGGGGGAGCCACUUGCUUAGCACAUGUCAGCGGCAGGUCAGAACAUGGCACACACAAAAUGUGAAUGAAACCUCGAGUCAUCGUUGGGACCGCAGGAUUAAGUACUACCCACCACAUGUGACUUGUCCAUUUCCGGCUGCAAGCUCCAUUUUUUUAAAUAGGAAUUUUCACCCUUGUGCUUGUCUAAUGUCUGCUCUGAACAGUUCGAGCCUCUGUUACUGUUUUAAAAUGCAUGCAUGUUAAAAAAAGAAAUCUCCUAACGGAGGACAAAAUAAAACUCAAAAAGCUUUGUGUA